CCUUAAAUAGAAUAAUAAUAAUAAUAAUAAUUCAAUGUUGACAUGAAUUAUAACCUUACUUUUUGAAACUGGUCAAUAAUUGAAAAUUAAUAGAAAUUGUAAACAAUAUAUUAUUUUUAAUGGAAGAGUGAUAAAAAAAUAUGAAUCUAAGACAUAUCUGUCCACUGUGGAGCUAUCAACGUUGGAAUCAUUUUCGAUAUAGUCAUUCUUUGCAUUCAUCGAAUUCAAAGUUUAAUCUAGUGAAAAAUACUAAAACAGAAAAUGCUGAUGUCAUAGGACCUCCAGAUGAAAUAUCCAAUCUUCGACCAAUUAUUUUUGCAAAAUCUAAAAAUGAAACUAAAUUAGAAAAAGAAUAUAGAGAAAUGAGGGAGGAUACACAAAAUUGGAACCAACAGUUCUGGUCUGAACACAAUUCAAGAUUUAUUACGGAAAGAAAACAAUUCCAGAAAGGCUUAAAUAAAAAUGAUGGGUCAAUUACCGCUGAUCAAAUGUCAAUAUUCUACAAGAGUUUUUUAGAUAAAAAUUGGAAAACACAUUUGAAUUAUAAUAUAUCAUGGUACAAAAAAAAUUUUCGUAUUGUUUUUCUUGAAUUACGAGUAAGACUGUCAAAAUUUAAAUUUAAAUAGCAAUCAAUUUUUUCUUCUCUUAUAAAGUUGGAGAAUUAAAUUACAAAUUCAUAAUAAGGAAUAAUUAUUUUACAAAAAUUAAGUACAAUAGGAACAAAAAAUAGAAUAAAUUUUGAAAAAUAAAUAAUGCACUUGGUGCUAAAAUCCUAGUUCGAUUUCGAACAAAUCACGGAUUGAAAAUUUUAUUUUGCAAACAUAACAAUAUGUAUCCUAAAUAAAAAAAAUAGUAGUAUUUACUAGCAAUAUUUUAUCGAAUAAAGAAUUCAAGAUGCCUACAUGUAUGUCGUGAAUUCUUAAUUGUAGAGAAAAAAUGACAUAAAUUUUUUAAUUGAAUUGUAAAUAAUAUUGUAACUAAAAUUUUAAAAAAUUUGUAAAUAAAU